CCUUCUAGACACCGCACUGCGUCAUAAAAGCGAACUCAUAAAAGCGAAAUUGUAACUGAAAGUUAUAAUUCGGGAUAAUUCGUUGCCAAGAACAAGACGUUUUAGCGCGAUUGUGAUUUACGAAGAAAUAUACGUUUAUAUCUUCUGACUAUCAUUUUGUUUUUGAUAAAACAGUGAUACGGGGUCAUGUCGUCUCUUAAGCUCUUCCUAUGCGUCGUCGUUUUGUUUUGCGCAGUCGUGUUGCCGCUUGCGUCUGGACACUUUCGUUUCAGGCUAUUCAGACGAAGAGGUCAUACGGGCCCGAGAGGGGCACCUGGUCCACGGGGUAGAGCCGGACCACCGGGACCUCCAGGGUCACGAGGAGCUCCUGGUUUCCGUGGCACAAAGGGCAUCAGAGGGUAUCCAGGGGCACCGGGUAGUCCUGGGUUAAAAGGUGAACCAGGGGAACUUGGAGGACCUCCAGGACCUGCUGGAGAAAAAGGUUCAGUAGGAUUCCCUGGAACGAAGGGUGAUAAAGGUGACCCAGGGCGUCCUGCAGGAAGAGGUUCUCCGGGCGCAAAGGGGACACCAGGCGUAGCGGGACCACCAGGGGCCAAAGGAGAGUCAGGCUUGCUUCAAAAGCUUGAAUGCACUUUCUCUCAGACGCCCGGUGCCCAGCACGCAUGUCCAGAUCCUGAACACGUGGCUACAAGCUGUUCGUGUUACCCGUCAUGCACCUCGUGGCAUCUCCUCGACUCUCGCACGUGUAAGUGCGAGUGUAAUGUGAACGCAACCGUAGUGGAUAUUGGGUAUUACAAGACCGGCGCGAUUUGUUGUAAAAUGCAGUCUCUGCUCUCCGCUUUGUAACUGGAUGGAUGGUCCCGGGCGAUUUUUGGUCUAAUCAAAAUGCACUUUCUAGUUUUUUUAAUAAAGGACAAGAAAUAAGUAGUCUUGUGUGUUGUGUGUGUGUGUACUUGACUGGAGAGAUCCAGUCGCUUUGUUAACUUUUGGUGUUUUAUGUUUUAUUUUGAUUAACGUCAGGAAAAAUAAAUGAAAUGCAAUUCUAA